AUGGAGAUCGACCCACGAAGCCUGGUGAAGGUUUUCCGGACAUUAGAAGCUCUGCAUUUAAGCGGACCAUUUCUCCUUCAAGACCCAACUGCGGUUUCUCUUCCAAAACUUGAGGUUCUGAGACUCAAUUUCGUUCAAUACGGGUCGGAUGAAUCUGUUCGUAAGCUCGUUUCGGGUUCUCCAUCACUCCACACUCUCUGGAUUCACAGGUAUCACUAUGAUGGGAUGGCAGUUUGUACAAUUUCUUCCCCUGUUUUAAAGUAUCUUGAUUAUUCUCAUGGGAUGUGCUAUGGCAACAACUUUCAUGAUGUUUCUCAUUUCAAGUUGGUCAUUGAUGCACCUGCAUUGGGAUAUCUCACCUUAGUUAAUUUUUCUUGCGAUGAAAUAAGUUUAAUGCAAAAGCUAACUUCUUUGAGGGAAGUGCGUCUUCAAACCAGUCCUUUCAUGCCAUGCUUAGAAGGCGAAGUGGCGGUUGGGCUAGUUAAAGCUUUUGGUAGUCGUGCAGAGUUUAUGAAAUUAUCAUAUGAAACCAUGGAGGCUCUGUUUAGUUGCACCACCACCACCAAAUUGUCAGCAACUUUUGAAAGACUAACCGUAUUGGAUGUUCAAGUUGACUGCUUCGGUUUGGGGGAUCUCAUGGAGUUGAUUGAUUGUUGUCCCGUAUUAGAGGUACUCCAGGUUCAAAUGCUGGAAUGUGUGGACCCAAACAUAUGGAGGAAUCCUUCUAGUGUUCCCAAAUGUCUGUUAUCUAGUCUCAAACAGGUUGUUUAUCUUGGAUUUGAAUACCAUAUGGAUGAGACGUCCAUGCUAGGGUUUACUGUGAAACAUGCUUUGGUGCUGGAAACUGUUGAUAUAAUCUGCAAAACCUUUCUCCAUCUCAGCGGAACGAUUACUUCGUUCAGGAAGAUGUUAAUGUCACGCAGAGUGUCUCCUACUUGUAGAAUUGAUAUUUCCUGAGAUUGGAAUCCAUGGAUACAUAUUUAGGAAGAUGCGAGGUAAUUUUCUGAAAUAUCCUACCUACCAUGAAGGAAUUUUGCAUUUUGUCGGAUGUAUCUUUUGGGUUAUAAAACUAUGAUCCUUGUUUCCGGUGAUCUUGAGAAAAGUUUUGCGUGCUGGAGGAGAUAUGAAACGUCGCUACAGCGUCUCCAACUUGUUUGAGGUCGCACUUAAUUAUUUGAGAUUGCUUCAGAGAAAUCUGACAGAGAGCAUGAUAGAGUUUCUGGAAUAUGUUGUUUUUUCUUGUUGCUUCCGUGGAAAUUUUAGAAUAUGUUGUUGUUUGUUCUAUCGUCAAAAUCCAUUUGAAACUGCACAUGUAAACCUAUUCCCAUCAGAUAUUUGGAUUGUAUGUAACUUGUGUUCCGUUAGCUGCUA